AUUCGUGGGUCGGAUCGAAAAGCAUUGAGCACGGGAAAGGAUGGCGUUCUCCCCGUGCCGCCUCCUCCGUCUCGUUCGCCGUCACCGGACCCUCGCCACCGCUGCUUCCUCCUCCCGGGCCGUCGCCGUGUUCUGGGACCUCGAUAACAAGCCGCCCAACACCAUCCCGCCCUACGACGCUGCCGUCCGCCUCCACCUCGCCGCCGCCUCCUUCGGCCCCCUACGCUUCUCCGUCGCCUACGCCAACCACCACGCCUUUCGCCACCUCCCUGCCCCCGUCCGUGCCGCUCGCGCCGAACGCCGUGCUGCCGACCACCUCGAGGCUGCGAAACCCUCCCGUGUCCCCUCCUACCUCUGCCGCGUCUGCGGCCGCCGCUUCUUCGCCCACGCCAAGCUCGUCAACCACUUCAGGCAGAUCCACGAGCGCGAGCAGGAGAAGCGCCUCCGCCGCAUCGACUCGGUCACCGGCGGCCGCAGGGUCCGGCUCGUGGCCGCGCUGUCGCUGAAGAUGGAGAAGUACAAGAAGGCCGCGAGGGAACUGUUGACCCCCGAAGUCGGGUACGGACUCGCCGACGAGCUCCGCCGGGCUGGGGUUGUGGUCCGGACUGUCGAUGACCGACCGGAGGCGGCCGACCGGGCGCUGAGAGAGCACAUGGUGGAGACGAUGGAUCGGGGGAAGGUUGGAUGCUUGGUGUUGGUCUCGGACGAUUCCGGGUUUCUUGGAGUGAUGAGAGAGGCCAGGAUGAGGUGUUUGAAGACGGUUGUGGUGGGGGACGAGGGCGACGGGGCAUUGAAGAGGUACGCAGAUUCAGCGCUGUCAUGGAAGGAUGUAGUCUCGGGCAAGGCAAAGGAGGAGGCGGCCAGUGCAGUGGGCAGGUGGAAAGAUCGGGAUUUACUGAAGAAAUUAGAGUGGAGGCAUAUGCCAGAGGAAGAGGAAGGCGAAAGUGAUAUUUUUGAUGAUGACAGUGACGCUGGGGAUGAGGAAGAUGGGUGCCUGGGCUUGGUGGGAGAGAGAGAUAAGAAACCUUGGUGGAAGUUGAAUUCAGAUUCAAAUGAUCUACAUUAAUAAAUCAUCUUGAGAGGGGUUAUCAUUCAUACAAGAAAAGCACUAAUGUAGUGUAUGAGAACUGAUUUCUGUCGAGGAAUAUGCACUUCUCAAGUUCUCCAACAAAGAGAUCAUUUAGAAAUACUGGAUAAUUGGGGUAAGGAUGCAAUAAGGAUCAUCCUGAAACGGGUUGCCAUCUGUAAAGAGAAACACUGAUGUAGAAUGUGGGAACUUAAUUGCUGUGGAGAAAGAUGCAAUUCUUGAGUUUUUUAGCAAAGAUAUAUCCUUCCAGAAAGACUGGGGGGAGGUUCGGAUUUCAUAUUUGUGAGUAGGUUGCAAAUGCGGACUUCUCUGGAUGUAGUUUGUUGAUAAUUUGUUUCAAUGAUGCAACUUGACCUGUUCAUCGGAUUACCAUCUUGUGGUAAAGGGGGGAGAAAACUGCAGGUUUGAUAAUCUAAUUCUAUUGGAGGAGUUGAUUUCAGCCAGCAAUGUGUUCACUGGUGCUGACCAGCUUUUGCACAUAAACUUCCUCUUUCUCUUCAGGUACUUUUUCAAGCUGACAUGCAAUAAGAGGAUGUAGAAGAUUCAAAUCGACUUCAUCAGAGGAAGGAGGAAUAGAACCUUCGAUUAAUGGAGAAAUUUUGCCCUAAAUAAUCCUCAAAGUUGGAAAAUAUGUGUCUGGUUGAAAAUUGUGGAAAUUAUUCUGCUCUAUUUGUUCACAAGAAAGCUAAGUUUUAUAUUGAAUAUCAGAAAUAUCUUUGCAGAAAAAUUCAGCUUCUCGUUAAAGCAAUGUUUCUCACAAAGAAUCCCUCAAUCAACCAGUUCAUCUUCUCUCAUGUCAGAAGAACUUUGUUGCUUUUUUCCUUUCCUAAACACACACUAAUUGCUGGAAAUACUGCCUGAGUUACAGUGACUGUUUGUGCUUUUCCCAUAAUUUUGAAUGCUUCAACUGUUCUAGAUUAAAAUAUUGGCUUAGUUGAUUGAUGUCUUGUCCUUAUAAUCAAAUUGGCUAAUUGUUACUACCAGCCUCUCUGCAAGUAUAUUGAGGCAAAUCUUGGAAGAUUUUUUGGUGCCCUGCAAAGGGAGAAGCAUAAACAUGUAUAUUGUGAUUUGUCUUUUUAUCAUGGAACAAUAUUACUAUUUUGGAUACUGUCCCUAGCAUAGACUACACGAAAAGAAAUCAAGUAGGAAGUUCCACUAUACUUCAUUCCCAUCAAUUCCUAGCAGAUAUCUUCCUUUUGUUGUUGUCCAUGACUCCAUUCCACCGUAUGAGCACAUUACCAACCUAUUCUUCUUUUCCUCUGUUCUGUUAUUAUGUAAAUGUGUAAAGGUAUGAUUAGCAAAACUGAUGGUUGCUUUACCGAUAGCCUGUAGUAGUCAUUCGUGUAGAAGUCCUCUCGAUCAUUGUCAUUAUUGACUGUACCUUCAAUCUGGGAUCAUCUGCGAUGCACACAACACUGGACACACAAAUAAAAGCAUUCCCAUGAAAUUGUUAAAGAAGGUUGAUGGUAGAGUGUCCAUAGAAGAUUUGUGCGGUAUUUCUGACCAUCAACAUGAUGCCAGCUCCUUGAAGGACACAGACUAAUAAGGAAGAGUUGGUAGGAUUUAUUUAAUGAUUUGUAAUAAAGCAUUACGUGAAGCAUUCAGAAAAUUGUAUCAAGCUAAUCAAGAAUUUGGAUAAAGGGUGAAAUAGAAAACUAUUUCAAAGUUACAAGCAAACUAAUGGACUUAGAAAUGUUGAGAUCUUUUGUUGUGUUCUAUAGUUGAUUUACAAGUAAACUAAUGACUAAUAUAGGAUGCUUGUCUGUGUAAUUGAUGGUCUAGAAUAGAUAGGUAUAACUGGUAUGAUAUUGACUUCAGCAACUUUCCAGUUUUUUAGGAAAAUAAACAGGAACUGCCAAGCUGACAUUAAUUGCUUUGAGAGAUUGAAAUGGACAAAACCAACCGCAAAUAGGACUUGGUCUCUACAGUGUACAAAUUCUUUGUGAACUUGCACCAAUUUCUCCGAUGAAUGUAAGUCAGACCCAAGUAUUAGCUCACUCUGAUACCUUGAUAUCCUUUUCUUUUGUUCAUUUCAUAUGAAAAUCAAUCUACAAAGCAUACUUUCCUUGAGUCAGGCCCACACCAAUGUGUCUGACAGAUAUAGCUCAAGAAAUCUAUUGAAGCUACUGAUUGCUUCUUGCAUUGCUUUUAUUGAAACUGAUAUGAGAAUAUCCUGGAACAACAUCUUGUAUUUCUUUGUGACCUUUUUUAAUGAUUAUAUUGAACACAUUCUUCAAAUAUACUGCUUCCAUAUAUAUUUGGUCCUUCAGAGGAUCAGUUGUCAGUUAUCUUCCCUCAUUUUGUUGUGUGUGUGUGUUGAUGGUGAAUGACACGAUGAAGGUGAUGAUUUCGCUAAGCCCAACACCACGAUCUUGAGCCUCUGUUGCAAAUAUUUGUGUAGAAAGCCAGAAAUGAAGCUGUUUUUGUGGAAUUGAACCAGUGAACUCUACACGGUAUGGAUCUCCAGUAUGACCAAGGAUCUCCCAGCUCAGUUGAACUCUAAAGGCCAUUCUCUCCAAAGGCAGACUUGGGUUUGUUGAGACUUGGUUGAGUUGGCAUAACCUGAAUUUUGAUUAUUCUUACAUCAAUUUAGGUGAUAAGAGUGUUCUGCAUUCUAAGAAGUGUUGAUGGUGUGCUCAUCUUUGCAAGGUGUCCUUUGAAAAGUCCUAAAA